AUGCAAAUUUGGGGUGGGAGUAGCGACAAAUGGGCAGCGUUUGUGUGCGUGUUCGUUUCUCACCGUGCUGCCGCUGCUUGCGACUUGCAUGAGGAGCCCGAGGCCCACACGUACGCGAGGGCCAAGGCCUGCGAGGCGAUGCUCCUCGACGGCGAGCUCGCGCGCUUUCGAGCGCACGCUCCCAGUGGGGUGGACAUCGACGCCUACGUCCGCCGGGCGCUCGCCAAGCAUCGGUUCCGCCUGCCGCAUCGGGACCGCUUUCCCGAACUUCUCGGAAAGCUCGGCCUCAACCGCACCGCCGUGGAGAUCGGCGUUCGCGAGGGGCAUUGGAGCCGCAUGUUUCUUGGGCGCUGGCGCGGCAGAGCCUACCACGGCGUCGACCCGCUGCUUCUCAGCGCCGACUUGGAACGCUAUCGGACGCUCAUGCCCGAGGUCCACGCGUACGGCGUUGAGACGAUCGCCGCGCUCGAGAAUGACCCGAGGUGGCACUUUCACCACGGGCUGGACCACAAGUUCGUCGACGCCUUUUCUGACGGCUCGCUGGACUUCGUGUAUAUCGACUCGGCGCACAACUACCGCGACGUCACAGAUACCUUCGACCGAUGGUGGCCGAAGCUACGGCCGGGGGGCAUCAUCGCGGGCCACGAUUAUUGUGUGGGCAGGUCCAAGGGAAGAGAAGAGGGGGUCGGCGAGUGGCCGCGACCGGACAUCGCCCCGGAGCUCGCGGCCGCCCGCGUCCCGACCUGCGGCGUCUACGCGUGCAUCGUCGGCGAGUUUUGCUACCCCAAGGACAAAAAACGCCGGGGCCAAGAAAAGAUUGGCUUCAGCGGGGUGGCGCUCGCCGCCCGCGAGGCGGUCGCUAGGCGCGGAUCUAGGCUCCAGUUCACAGGCGAGGGCGGCGUCGUCGGCAAUCCAAGUUGGUGGGCCGUGAAGGCAUGAGUGCGACACAUCGCAAAGGCAGACGUGUCGCGGCAGCCUGAGCCCGGUAUCCGUACCAGGCCGUCCGGGGGCCCGGGUCCCCGGGGCUUGGCGUUCAACGGCCUCCUUCCACUCAUAAAGCUCCUAACUUUGCUCUGGUUCACUAUUUUAGUUAUUUUCAAUUAUAUCUUGAAACCUGGAUAAGGUACGAACUUGUUUACCGUAGGUACCGUACCGCAUUAGGUACCCGGGCCGUACCGCAGUACCUGCUAUGAUAUGGCCACGGCCCCUUUUCCACAUAUAAAUCUCCCAAAUUUUAUCUUAGCUUCACUAUCCUAGUCUCAUUUAUCUUGGUUAGAUACCCGGAUAGAAUAGGCCUAGUGAAUACGGUAGGUACCUACGGUACCGUAGGUACCAUACCGCAGUAGGUAACGUACCGUAGGUACGGUACCGGUAACCCCCUACUGCGGUACAACAGGCCGAAAAUCGCGGUAAAAGCCACGGCCACUCCGCUGCGCGGCCCAGUGUCUAUCGCGGUUGGGGUUAAAACGCCUCGCCAGCUUGAGCCGUUCGACCACGCACCGACGACAGCGCGCGCGCAGGACGAUGAAAUUGCUCGUCGCGCUCUCGCUGUUCGGUGCGGCCGCGGCCGUCGAGCUCACUCCCGACAAGCGCAGCUCCGGCGUCCCCUCUCUUCCGUAUAUAAGAAAUAACGCGCUCGCCCACCCCGCGCAGUUGGGACGACAUGACCGAUGGCAAGACGGUCUUUAUCAAAUUCCUGGCGCCCUGGUGAGGGCACUGCAAGAAGAUGAAACCUGCGUGGGACGCCGUCAUGGCGGACUACGCGGACCACCCCACGAAGCUCGUCGCUGACGUGGACUGCGCGCCGCCGCGUCGUGAGGGGCGGCGUGAGAGGCUGUGACGGAGGACGCGCGCAGGCACCGCGGCCGGCAAGCCGCUCUGCGACUCCAACGGCGUGCGUGGCUUCCCGACGAUCAAGUACGGCGACCCUUCGGACCUCCAGGCCUACGAGGGCGGGCGCGACGAGAAGGCGCUCAAGAAGUUCGCCGAGGAGAAGCUCGUGCCCAUGUGCUCGGUCAAGAACAUCGACCUCUGCAGCGCCGACAAAAAGGCCGAGCUCGAAAAGUACAUGGCCCUGGACACGGAAGAGCUGACUAAGCUCAUCACGGCCCAGGAGGACGAGCUCAAGCAGAUCGAGGAGGAGUUCAAGAAGUCUGUCGAAGGACUCCAGAAGCUCUACGAGGGCUACACCAAGGACAAGGAGGAGAAGAUGGCCAAGCUCAAGGACGGCGGUCUCGGUUUGAUGAAGUCCGUCAAGGCGUCGCGCAAGGGCGCCUCGAAGGACGAGCUCUAAUUGGCGUGGAGCGGCGCGGCGUGCUUCCCGCGCGCCCGUGCCGCCCUCGCCCGCGCCCGUCGG